CACUUAACCACGUCGCAUUAUUUCUCGUCUUGUCGCCACCUUCGCGCUCUCCCUUUCCCUUCCCCGUUUCGGGCACAGAUCAUAUCCUCCUUCCUACAGACUGCUCACCGCUCCCGCAAGAUCCUUUAAGUACCAAUUAAACAAACAGUGAGUGGGUGUGGUUACGACAGCCAUGGCGACGAGUCCGUGGAGGGAGCUGUUACAACAGGCCAUGCAAAGCCACAAACACUUGAAGCAUUCAACUCACCUUCAACUGGCAACAGUACGGCCUGAUGGAAGACCCGCCAACCGAACCCUUAUCUUCAGGGGAUUUGUGGAAGGUUCAGAUAAGCUGCAAUUUACAACGGAUUCUCGGACUCACAAGAUUGAAGAUAUUAAACACAGUCCAUUUGGUGAGAUCUGUUACCAUUUCACGAAUUCGUGGGAGCAGUUUCGCAUCCACGGCACCUUGGACCUGAUUGGUCACGCCGACUAUGAAUCUGCUAGAAAAUCGCUGAGAGAAAAGGCGUGGUUCGACAGCUCGCCUAGAGCACGUGCAGCAUUUGCAGCCCCACAUCCUGGUCAUCCCAAGGGCUCAGAGCCCUCGGAAGGAAACCUUCAAGUUGAUCCCAACCAAGGCCCUCUUGAUACGUUCUGCGUAUUAACAUUGGACCCAGAAGAGAUUGACUACUAUCACGCCAAGGAUGCUGUGCGCAUACUCUUCAAAAGUUCUACCACAGAAAUCGGACACAAAGUUUGGUCCCAACAGGAACUCAAUCCGUGAACGAGGAUCACAAUGUCGCAGCCGUUAGGAUAGACCAAAGGAGUCAUUUUUUGUGGACGUCUAUCAUAUCAUGCUCCAGAACCGUCUCGAGGAUCUAUUUUGUUCCUGUUUAGGAGGUUUUCACUGUGUAUGUAUUACUCCACUUCCAUCGACAAUUUUUGUUUCUCCUUCCAGUUUGCGCCGAGUGCAAAGUUCGUUCAACUUGCGUUCAAAUAUUCCAAAUUCUAAAU